AUGGCAGCAUUCUUGCAGUGGGACACCAAUGGUGAUGGCAUCAUUGACAGGGAAGAGCUCCAAGCCGUAUUCACAGGUCUUGGACUCGAUGUCAGCGACAAGGAGCUGCAGUCUAUGUUUGUCGCUGCUGACAUGAGUCACGACAAGUGCUUGGACUAUGCCGAGUUUCUGCAUUGGAUCUUUAACUCUGCCCAUUGGCAGCUGCGAAACCAGUUUCUUCAGACAGGAGUGUCCUGGAACGGCAUAUACAAGGGACGGAAUGCGGCGAUCCAACAAGACCGCCUCACCGUCAAACGCACUCGAGGGAGUGGAGAGACAGCUGAGUUUCCACCGGGACAUGCUGUUGUCGUCUCGUCGGGCGUUUCCCGCGAGUUUCGGUUUGAAGUCUUGGACAACGGCUCGGUCUUCAAAGGAGGAUUUGAGGCCGGCUUUGCCAGCUGCCCACCCGAGGAGCUGCCGCAGCCACUGCCAGAGACUGCGAGGGAGCUGCCUUGCGCUUAUGUCUCGGAUGCCUCAGGGCGGCUCGUGGUGCUGGGGGAGGAGAUGACCGAGCUGCUUCCGUGGCGGCACCGACUCCUCCCCAACGGCACCAUCGUGGACGUCCUCUGCAAGAAUGGAAAGUUCCAAGUCCUGCUCGACGGCAAAAUCGCUGCUGACUGGGACAUCCAGGUGCCCGACGAUCUCGACCUGUACCCUCUUGUGUCCGUCUACGGAACGACGCAGGCCAUCAAGCUAUUGCCGACCGGCAUCGAUGCGAAGAAGGCAUAG